AUGGAGGAAAAGCUGAUCAGUGCCGUGGCUAAUCACCCGGAGCUGUAUGAUGCCAGCUGCUACUUCUACCAAGACAGGAAUAAAAAGGACCGAGCUUUGAGGCACAUAAGUGAGGAGAUCGGGCAACCUGGCGGGCGAUCCUGGGACCGACGCGGGACAGCAGCUCCUCACACUGGGCGAGGGAAAGACCGUGAUAUCGCUGUCAUCGCCGUCAUCCAGGCGCAGCUCUUGGGGCAAGUGGUGAAUCUCAUCAAACUGCUCAUGCCUCUGGAGGACCGGACCCAGAGUCAAACGUCCGGAGCUCUGAUGCUGCUGCAGUUCCCUCACUCUCACAGAAACACUUCCUCUUCAGCUUUCAGAAAGAAAGUGCUUCAUGUUAACAAUGAGGAAGAGGAGGUGACUGAACAUAAGGACACUGAUAAGGUGAUGUUAAGCUGCUCUGUGGUGACAUAUGGAGAGUGUCAUCACACUUUGAAGUGGCUGGUUGGAGGUCAAGCUGUGGACAAAGAGAACAAACAAAUAGUGACUUCACAGACUGACUGCUCCACCACUCUGUCUUUUCUGGAACAUCAUUACUUAAACUCAUCACGUCAUAAAAUACUGAAGUGUGAAGUGACUGAUACUAAAACAGGAAAAGUGCAGCUGUUUACCUUCAGCCAUCAGACCUCAGGUGAGGAAACAGGUGAUGCAAAAACAAGAAAGAAAUCAGCCAGAAAAUCAGAAACAACCACAACAAUUAAGAUAUUAUUAAAAUCAGAUGAUACAACAGCAAAAACUGUGGAAAAUGAAAGCGCAACACCAAACAACAAAUCAUCUGCAGAUUCACAACAUGCGAUCCAGUGGUUCAUCAUUCCAGCUGUGGGUUUGGUCUCACUCUUGAUAAUAGUUGUGUUUUUCAUCAGAUGGAAGAGAACUAGAGGAAACAAAACACAGAUGGAUGAAGAUGCUGGACUGAGUUUAAACCCAGCAGAGACUCAGUCUGCUCCUCAAACCAGUCAGGACUCGGUGGAUCCUGAAGUUUCCUACGCUAUAAUCAGCUACUCCAAGACCAACAAUAAAGUUCGGGUUCGGGGUGAUGAUGAAGGUGAUGCAGUGACCUACAGCACUGUGAAGGCUCAUUCCUCUUCUGCUGCAGCCACUGCUGAUCCCAGCAGCCUCUACUCGACUGUCAGUUUUUCAGUCACAUAGUUCAAGUUGUUGACAAAAAGG